AUGGCCUCUCCGGAUCAAACUUUAAAGGAGUUCUUCCCGAAAUACAACCCACCGAUUAGGGCCCAUAAGCACACCUGCGUCGGCUUAGGGAUGGAGGUCAUAAAACGCUUGAAGACCUUAGAAAAAGAUUACCCUGGAAUCACUAAGUCCAUGAUGCUGGUAUCGUGUGACGAGAACAUCCAGGACGUGUUGGACUACACAACAUCUAGUCCGGGUCCACAGGGCUUCCUGAUUGAAACGGAGAAAGACCACGUGAUGGUCGCCAUUCAUGUAAGGAUUGGAGGGAGACAAGGCGUUUUCUUAUCUGACUUGGGCUACCACAUCUCUCGUGUGGUGACUGUUAUGGCUGAUCGAUGCUACCCACAUACAGGUUGGUUCACCCAAAGCGACGAGCCGCAUUGUCGCAAGGAGUACAACUAUCAAUUCAACGUUAAGAACAGCAACUAUGUGGAGUGGCAUGAAAGAGAAACCAGAGGAUGCGUCGUGAAAGAGCGUCUGUCGCUUAUAUACAUAGCAAGGGCUUAUCUGACCGCGGUCAAUGUCACGGAGAAGAGGAACUUGGUUUGGGAUUUAAGGAGUCUUCUGGCUAGGGACCCCAAGGGACGCCUAUCCGCCGGUAUAUAUUUCCCACUAAAACUGAAAGAUCAGCAGUUCACUAUGUUCUUUGAUAGUACCAACGGCAAGCAGAGAAAGAAGUUGAAGUUCGACACAUUCUUGGAACGGCAGAAGAUACCUGACGAGGUUGUGGGCGAAGUGGAACAAUGCAAUGAGCAGCUCCGGUUGAGGGAUGGGGAGUUACUCUCCAUCCUAAAACACUUGGCCACCAUCAUGGCUGAUGAGGAGUACAUGACCGAGCUGUUGGAAGUCAACGACAGGAUUGUCCAGCUGUCCGCCGGAAAUUAG